AUGAAACUCACUCUCCGGCCAGAAUGGCGCCUCCGACCGCUCUCUUCGGCUUUCGGCUUUCUUGACCUCAAGACAGCUGUCACCGUUGCCCUACUCUUCGCUGUCCUGAACAAGGUCGCAGGCGUGUAUGGCCUCAUAGCCAUGUUCACCGGCGCAGGCGGCACAGCUGCGCAGCUCAGCAUGUAUAUCUACUCUACCAUCGCACUAGCGGCCGUGAUAUGGGGUAUGAAGUCCGCGACGCAGGAAAACGCCAAACAAACGCUGUACUUUGCACAUCUAUUCUUCGCCGACCAUAUCCUCAACACCGCGUGGCUGAUCUUCUUCGCCGUCAUGUGGUGGGUCUACACCCGCACGACGUCCGGGCCCGCCAUCGGUAGCCACAACAUGACCGAGGAAGAGCGUGUGCAGGCGGCCAUGACUCUCUGGCACGCCGAGAAGGGACUGGCUACCGGAGUCAUCGUCCUCGGUUGGCUCGCAAAGUUCUACUUCGCCGCCCUGCUCUACUCCUACGCCAUCCACCUCCGCAAGGGCUCCUACCGCUCCCUGCCCCGCUCGCGCCCGUCGCCAACCAUCACUCAAGCACCACUCGGGCUCGUGGGCGAAGAUGAAGACGACGACAUCGAGGACUUCUACCGCAUCCCCGUGCGCGCCCCCGCCAACGGACACGCGCGGCAAUCGAGCGCCUCGCACGCGUCCUCGCCCUCGCUCUCGAGCUUCGCCGACUUCGUCUCCGCCCCGCCGCCAGGACGCGCGCGGCGCAAGGCGGGCAAAUCCAACCUGAGCGUCAGCCUGAGCGCGGCGAAUGGCAAGGGCGACACGAGCGAGCCCGACGAGGUGCUGUUCGACGAGGACGAGCUAAGCGCUGCGGGCCACCUGCGGAUGGGGACGAGCGCGGAGGAGAGCACGAGCGGCGACGAGAGCGUUGCGAGUGCGACGGGGAGCAGGCGAAGCAGCAGGGCGAACACGCGGGCAUGA